CAGAAAUAAGUUUUGUUUUGGAUCUCAGUUAUUUCCCCUUCCCAAGUAUCGCUGAUUAUACAUAUAUAUGUGAAUGUCAAUGAAAACAAAACCGUUUAAAAACAAAGUUCAUUUCUUUUGCUGCAGUUAAAACAAGUUUAUGGGUUGAAAAUAUAGAACUUAAAAUUAGUAUUAGAUAAUAACGGAGUGAAUAACCUAAUUUAUUUCUACAGUUGCUCAUAAAGUAAACAAUAUUCUUAAAAUGAAUCAGGAUUACGAAGCUGGUGAUUUCAUGUUUCCUGUAAUAUAUUAUGAUGAUGAAAAAAACAGCAACUAUGAAUCAGAUUCUGAAACUGGUCUACAAAUAGACGUUGCUGAAGUUAAUGAUAAUGAACGUCCAACGAAACGACGAAGACUCGAAGUUACUGACAUGAUGGUACUGGAUGAGGUGGAAGAAGAACUUGAAAGGCAAUUGGAUGCCAAAGCAGCCAAAACAAAUUUAACAGCUAUUAAUGUCAAAAAUAUUAUUAAACAUGUUAUCACUAAUGAACAUGUCUUAGCAAUGGUCAAUAAUAGUAUAUAUAAUUCUGAAGAAGCUGCCGUUUUUGAACCAAAAUUAACAAGAGCUAAAGCUAAGGAGUUAGCAAUGACACAGCCUAACAUACCAUGGUCACUAACGCCAGCUAAAAAAACAAAAUCAUCAAAAGUGCAAGCCUUAAUUGAUCAAGAGCUGGAAGAGGAUUCAUCUGAUGAAGAGUAUAAACCUGAUCAAGAUCAACACAGUGAGGAUGAAGGCGAAUGUAAUGUUACACUAAGUGACAUUGAUUCGGAACCUUCAAUGCCUGCUGUUCCAGUUGUACCAGAGACAACUGUAGAAGAACUAAAUCUACCUGAACCAGAAUAUGAUAUUGAAGGAUUAUUCAAAAUUCCUGAAAUUCCUCAUGUACCUACGGAAGAAGAAAAUAUUGGUCAAAGAACCCGGUCAAAAUUAAGUUUAAGCGAGAUACCGAUCGAAGCUAUUGAAAAAGCAUUCGUUCCACCUGAUAUUACGCUUGAUAUGUAUGAUUGGGAUAACAACGAUAAAGAUCCAGCUUGGAUUGGUUUUUUGAAUAAUUAUACGAAUCCUGAAGCUGAAGUUGAAGAUGAUACUGAAGCUGAUCCUGAAUAUAAUAUACUUGAAGACCAUGAUGAAGAGUUAUUUGAUAAAGAAGAAUUUAGAGCUGAUAAAGCUGUUAAAAUUCCUCGCAAAGAAUUGAAUGAUUUGAUAGCAGAAAUGGUUGAAUUUGUUGACAUAUAUUUGCCAGAAUCUAAUGAUGCAACAAAGAAGAAAAAAGCUACAGAUGAACCAGAAACUUUAGUAGAAAAUAUUCCACAGAUGGAAACUGAUAUUCCGAUUGUCCACAGUGAACCAAAUCCAAAUGAAACUGAAUUAUCUAGAGCAUUAGAUGAAGAUUUCAGGGCUCUAUUAAAUAUUCAAUUUCAACAACACAUUCAACUAAUGACGCAACAUUUCUUAAUGACUUAUAAACAUCCAAAAUUACAUAGUCAGUCAGUAACUUGUGAAGAAAAUUUAGAUAGUAUCAAAUCACUCAAAAAAGAUGAAAAUUCAGCUUUCAAUAUUUUCAAUCUCGAUGAAGCGUUAAAAACUGUACAAGGAUGGAAAAAUCAAUUUAAAGAUGAACAGUUCAGUCACGGUAUAAUUACUAAAAUGGUUCAUGAUAGUGUAAAAGAAGAGGAAUUGCGAUUAAAAAAAACGAGAUUCCUGCCAAGACUUCAUCCAAGAUUGAAAAACUUCAUAAUGGGAUCAAAAGCAUUAUUAUAUCCACAUCUCUUACCACAUCAACCUUUUAGUAGCAUAUUGAAACCGAAUGUCCGCGACAAUACUCUGUCAUACUUUCCAUCAGAAAUACAAUUAUUGGGCUUAGGUGUAUCAGACUUUUGUCCAUAUAUUGAGAGUCAUAAAAGAAGAUGGAAAAAGAAAAUGUUACUCAUGGAUGCAGCUCAAUUAAUUGCGGAAUAUUUAAUGCCCGUUAGAAAACCAAGUGCUUUGUACGAAAGAAUAGUAACUUUGCGAGCGAGUCGAGAACCUAAUCCAGUUAAAAUGUAUUUUAAAAUAGGUAGUAUUCCUCCUAAAAUUCAUUAUAUUGUGGAAGAUAAUAUUAUGGUGGAGCCAAAAUAUCAACCCCUAGAAUCUUUACCUAAAAUGUGGCAAGAUUACAUCCAAAAUAACGAUCGUGAAGAAAACGAAUCGUACCUUGCUUUAAUGUCUCUUUUAUCAAGUUCUACGGAUAAUAUGGUUAUUGAUUCAAGUUUUUGUACUCCAACUGUAAAUAUGUUGACAAACACUAGCACAAGAGAAUCUGCAGGCAAAAAAAGUGCAAAACAGACUGCUAAUAGUACCGGAAAUAAAGAAGAUUCAGAAGCUAAAGAAGGUAGUUCGAGUGGUACUACAUCAGUGCAAACUAGAAAAACUACUCCACGUCUUGCUAAAAUACGCAGUGCACAAAAUAUGAAGCUGAUGACUCAAGUAUCUGGAUCGAAAAAUUUAUCAAGUAGUAAUAGUGAAUCUAUAAAACUCAAUGAUAAAGAAGACUCAGUGGAAACAUUUCAAGAAUUAACUGGAUCAUCAAAGGGAGAUAAUGAAGAUGAGAUCGCUGAAUUAAUGUUAGCUAGUACAACAAUAAAGAAAGAUACCAUUAAUAGAAAAAAAGCUAAGCAAGCUCGAGAAUCUGAGAAUAUUAAACGAAUGUAUGAAGCUGAAAAAGAAUCAGAAGAACGUGCAACAAAAUUCGCAGAAUCUUUUCUUCAAAAACUCCAUAUAACGUUAGAAUCCAGUAAUCCAGAAUCAUUGCGCUUAGUAUUGAAAUUAUACUUGGAUUAUUAUGAAAAAUAUGAUAAAAUAACUGAAGGUGUUAAUGAGACACGUGAGCAACAAGAAAAAAUUAGUGAGUUACUAGAUCAACUGGCAAUCAAUCUUUACAAAGAUGUCAACAAAGUGCUUAAAGAUUAUCCAGAAUUGUCAACAGUAUUUUUAUUAUUUUUAAAACCACAUCAAGCUGCAAUGAUAUAUAAAUCAACAGAACAUAUGAUGUUACAAAAAAUGAAUGAAUUUAUAAACGCAGCACAAGUUUAUUUUGCUAAACAACCGUCUCGAAUGAUGAGGGUCAUGCAGGCUUUAACGCAAUUAGCUGCUGAAGCUAAUCCAACACUAGAAUUGAUUCACGCUACAAUGGAUCCAAUAUUGAAAGGACAUCAACUUAUUAUGGAUAUGUUUCAACAAGUCUUACCAACUGGUAAACCACCGCAGAGUUUAUUUUCACCGAGUUUAUUUGAAAAUUUAACUUGUCCAGUUCUACCGCAUGAUAAAAAUCGUAUUUUUACUGUUGACUCACCAGAAUUGUAUGAAAAUAUUGAACUACCAACACCAGCCGUACAAGAUGAUCAUUAUGGCGGUGAUAAUUGUAAAUGUGAUUGUCAUGAUACUAAUGAACCGCAUCUAAAAACGCGUAUGGAGCAUUGUAUAUCAUGCGGAAUAAGAUAUCUUAACGGUCGUUUAUAUUUACAAACGCCUGAAGGAUUGAGACCAGCAAAAGUUGAAUUUCCUGGUGACGAAGAAGAAAAACUUGAAAAUAUAUCUCGUGUUUCACUUAAAACAACUGAUAAAAAUGCACCGACGGCUGUGCCAUCGACAAGCAGACGACGCAAGUCGUCGAAGAAUGAUAUAAAUACUGAUGAGCAGGCUCAAAAACAAUGUUCAUUGAAGACUUCACCCGUUAAAGACAAUGAUGACAGUGAUAAAGGUAUGUCCAAGAGUAAACGUGGUGGUAAAUCACCUCCCAAGUCACUUGAACACCGGCGGCUAUCUAAGUCUGCCGAGAAUAAUGCUAAUUCAAAUGUUCCGAUAUCAUCAUCAUCAUCCUCUGUUACUUCUACUACUAAUGAAGUAACUUAUCCGCUUAAAAGUAAGCGUGAAAAACGAGCUGAAAGAAGAGAAGCAAAAGCUGAAUCUAAAAAUUUUGCUUUAGAAUUAAAUAAACUCAAUGAAAUGCCUGUUGUUAAUAAUUCAGUAAGUGAACUUACUAAAGAAGUUGAAAGUAAUAAAGAAGCGUUGAUCGCUGUCAAUGAUUGUGGUAUUGAAAAUAAUUUAACCUGUGAUAUUAAAGAUAAUCCGACUGUUGAAAAUGUUGAUGAUAAUGAUAAAAGCAAUUCUAUUAAUGAAUUAGUUAAUAACAGUUCGUGGACUAGACAAGAGGAUUCUUUGCUUCUUCAACAUAUUCAGAAAGAUUAUUCGGAAAGUACUUUUAUUACUGUCAGUCAAUUGCUGGGAAACCGUACAGUAACUGAGGUGAAAGAACGUUGUCAAGCACUGCUUGCGUUACUUGAAAAAAUGCUAUAAUUAAUAGAUAGAACAAAUUUAAAGAAACCGUGAUAAUUAAUAAUAUUUAUAAUCAUAAAACUUUUUCUAUUCAUUUAAAUUUAGUAGCAAUUAAGUCGAAGUAACUAUAAAUGUGUACGCUAAAGAGCGUUAAAUAACUAUAUUACUGUUUUUUUUUUUUAUAUGUUAAACAUUCGAAAAUUGGUUAGUCACGCCUACGGACUAAUACAGUCUCCAAAGUAUUAAUUAGUAGAUGAAACAAGUUUUUGUUAUGUGAAAUAAAAUGGUAGUGUAAUUUAUUUCAU